CUGUGACACACAAGUUAUCUCUGUGUGCUGUUCAGUCAUGCAUCAACGAGCACUGGGUGUGAUGAGUGUAAGGCGGAGGCAUCGAGGGUAGCCAGUGCUCUUUAAUGUCGAGGGUCUGAAAGAGGGGGCGGGUGUCCCUUUCUGCACUUAGUCAAAAAGCAGUCCCUCGCGGGCUUGUGUAUGCGGCAAUGAUUCGGAUCUGUGGACGAGCAGAACUUUGCCUGUGAGCUGGUUGGACGCCGGCCAGUGCACAGAAUCGCUGAACCCGAGCGCUUCCGAGACACAGAGAGGUGGGCAGCCAUCCGAGAAGCGCCGCGGUAAACAACAGCAAGGUGAGUCAUAUCAGGAAUUUACGGCUCCGUUAUUUGGAUGAUGCUGUGAUGUCACCUAGAACGCCAAAAACUUGGAUUGCUGCCUCAAUUUGACGCAAUGAAGAUUACAAAGCAAUGACGAUGACUAAAGUCACAAUAGGAAUAUGGGAUUAGUUUCACUGAAGACGAUUUGCAUUAUUCUUUGCUAAAGUGUGGAUGAACACAAAGUGCGCCAUACAUUUAAUGUCUGCUCAUGGAACUUCGCUGCUCCUAUUGGAACUCUUCAACCAAUUCGCCCGGAUAACCUUUUAAGAAAGAUUUGACAGCACAUUGGUGUCUUUGUUGUUGAAAGCCUGUGAAAUUCACGUGUAAUCUGGCGAAUAAUUCAAAUACCCUUUAAAAAAUGCCCGUUGAUGCUCUUAGAAUCUGUCGCUCAACUUAAGUGACUAGAAUUGUGUGCGCCACAUGAACGGGUAUAUGCACAGACUGUCUCGGAAAGAACUGUGAACAUGGCAGUUGUAUAGCACGUUACCCAGAGGACGCCUAUGAGGAUCUAAUACGAGCGUGGCGGACUGUGAGGAGCUUUCCCCGAUGAUGCGAGACGGGGCGCGGGACGUGCAGGUAAACUCCUCUCCGGCGGUUGCAUCCAACGCGGAGGGAGAAGAGAUCGAAGUACUCGAAAGCACCGAUGUCCUCCCCGCGGCCCCGGAGGAUCAAUGGAAAUCUCUUUUUGACAAGUAUGACCCCGAGAGCUCGGGCUUCAUUAGCACCGAACGCUUCCGAGACCUUCUGGCCGCCCACGGCUCCGAGCUGGACCCCCACAAGCUGGAGGUGCUGCUGGCGCUGGCCGAUGCCAACGGGAAGAUCUGCUACCAAGACUUUGUGAACCUGAUGAGUAACAAGCGCUCCAACAGUUUCCGACGGGCCAUCCUCCAGGGCAGCCGUCAACUGAAGGGGGCCUCCCUCAGGGAGGAGGGGGGCCUGGGCCUCUCCCAGCGGCUGGUGCGCCACAUCGCCUACGAGACGCUGCCCCGGGAGGUGGACCGCAAGUGGUACUUCGACAGCUACACAUGCUGUCCGCCUCCCUGGCUCAUCCUGGUCAUCACCAUCGCAGAGGUGGCAGUCUUCAUGUACUACGGGCUGAUGCUGGACCGGUGGGUGCUGCAGGUGUCGUCUCCAGGCUUCUUGAGGGGGCCGCUGCCGUACCACCCCCGGCUACGGGCACAGGCCUGGCGCUUCCUCACCUACGUCUUCAUGCACACAGGGAUUGAGCACCUGGGGCUGAACAUGGCCAUGCAGCUGCUGGUGGGAGUGCCUCUGGAGAUGGUGCACGGGGCGCUGAGGAUCGGCCUGGUGUACGUGUGCGGCGUCCUGGCAGGGUCUUUGGCAGUGUCUGUGACAGACAUGACGGCGCCGGUCGUUGGCUCAUCUGGAGGAGUAUAUGCUCUGGUGUCUGCACAUCUAGCCAACAUUGUCAUGAACUGGUCAGGGAUGCAGUGCCAGUUCAAACUCUUCCGGAUGGCCAUGGCCCUGGUGUGCAUGAGUGUGGAGUUUGGCCGUGCCGUGUGGCUGCGGUUCUACCCUCCGGCCUUCCCGCCCUGCCCCAACCCCAGCUUCGUGGCCCACCUCGGGGGCGUGGCGGUGGGCCUUACCCUGGGCGUGGUGGUGCUCCAGAACUACGAGCAGCGUCUGCAGGAGCAGUCGCUCUUCUGGAUCUUCUUCUGCGUCUACACGCUCUUCAUCAUGUGCGGCGUAUUCUGGAACGUCUUCGCUUACAGCCUGCUCGAUGUCAAGCUACCUCCUCCGCCAUGACGCGUCUUGUGCAGACAGACAGACUGACUGACAGACAGACAGACUGACAGACGUGCACACAGUCAAGCUUAUCAGCUCCUGAGCACAAAUCUCUGUGUGUGCUGUUAUACCACUUCAAUGCCAAGUACCUCAUCUGUAUUAGAUUAGCACAGUCUGCAGCCGCGCCUGUUGGGUUUGUGCCUCCUCCAGCAGCUGAUAUAACACACAGAGGGAUCCAGCUGGAGUGAACACGUGGACUUGUAGCCCAAAGGUUUCUGCACAAGUCAAGCCAAACCAGAGUGGUGUCCGACAUAUAAACCAAGUACUAAUGUGGUGAAUACUGAAUAAUCUGUUGUGAAAUACUAGACUGACGUGGGUAGAAGUGUCUUGAUGAAGCUUUCGCGGUAUGUUUUAUGUAGCCGUCAUUUCACUCCAAAGACCCAUAGUGUUGAAAAUCUCCACGUGUUUCUCUCCAUAUAUGAGUGUGAAGUUCUGAGGUGUUGCGAAAACACAUAACACAUCUUUUUUUUCUGUGAAAAGAGAGUUGAAAUAUAUAUUUUUGUAUAAAUUAAUAUAGCAUGCCAAGAAACAUAGCUCUGCUUUACAAUGGAGUGUUGCCAAACUCAUACAGCUAACAUAGCUAAUGCACGCCUGUGCUUCUGGUAAUAUGAACAUCAACCGGUUUUAAGACACAACAGUUUUCACAUCUGCCCCCAUUUUUUGUGGGGGCAUAAUUAAUCAACGUAACAUAUACAUAUUUAUGUUACCCAGUCCCAUACUACAUACUUAUUUGGGGUAGAUGGUUUGACAUGCUGUAAUAUACUAGGGAGUUAAUCUCCUUCCCCUGAAGUUAAUAAUUUUCCAUUUAAAAAAAAUUAUGUUGACCUAUCGAAAUUUUACUUAAUUGCCUUUUUCUAAUGAAGACUGUGUAAACAUUAGUACACCGUCUCCCUCACAUUUUUGACUUGAAUUGUAACACUAUGCUGAGUGCAAACCUAUUUAUACUUUGUUGAGUCAAUGGCAUGUGAUUGUGUGAGGUGACCCGUUAGUGUAGUGAGUGACACUAAAGUGUGUUCCAUGCUCGUCUGUGUUCUGUGACAUGGUGCUAAGGUUAUAAAAAGACGUCGCCCAUUCUCAAUGGAUGACCAAAAUGUCUUAUAAAACUACUCGAGAAAGCUGACCUCAAUGUGGACUGGAGUCAAAUGUGAGGCUUAAGUAUUUGGAGGACAAAGGCACACAAAUGUGAAGAAGAGCACAAUGUCUAAGCCAAGACUUACUUUUUUGAUUGUUCUGGUUUGAAACUGAAAAGCACUACAAACUCAUACCUCAAAUACUUAAGCAGACAUUUGAUCCAAGUCUAGCUUGCCUCAUAGGCUCCCGUCCCAUACACAGGCCUUUGACCUCAUUAAUAGCUAAGGCAUCUGUACUCUCAUCCAUAUGAAUUCAUUAUGGUAAUAAAGUAAUAUUUUAACGUACUGCAAAUGUUUGGUUUUUAUUAAUAUGCUAUGUUCUGUCAUAACGAUAAACUGUAUUCUGUGAUGAAUAUAAAACAGUGUUGGAGACUGAGGAUUUUACUUAUUAAGGGCUGUAGUGCUGAGAGUCAAAUGCUGACUUUAUUUUAAUAUGUGCAUAUUUUGUAGAUUUGUUAUGUAAAUAUGAAACACAUUAAAUAACUUUAUAUUAAAA